UCUAGUUAUAAUCUGUGAUUGCGAUUUUCGCUAGAUUUUUGUGUAGUCGGUGUAUGCUUGGAAUUUACACUUUAUUGCUGUUUUUACUUUAGUUUUUUGGUACUUUUAGACGAAUAAUAUAUUAUUUCAUCAAAGUAAACAAUGGAUAUUGAGGAAGUGCAAAAAGAAUGGGAGGAUUUAAGAGUCGAUUUCAAGAGACUGGAGACAAUAAACAAAGAUUAUGCGACAAAACUUGAAGAAGUGGGAGAUCUUCAAGGAGCGUGUAUGAAGGAGUUAAAUCAUCAACGGUAUCGCAUGUCCCUAAUUGCAAAUGCACUCAAAAGCGUGGACAAAAAGUCAAUAGAGAAAGAUGAGAGGCUACUUACGUUAGAGAAGGAGAUAAUGAAGAGAAAAGCGAUGUUACACGAAAUAGAAGCGACACUACCAAAACAGAACAGCCUGUACCUCAAAAUAAUACUCGGCAAUGUCAACGUGUCUAUUCUCAACAAAAACGACAAAUUUAAAUACAAGGAUGAAUAUGAGAAGUUUAAGUUAAUACUCAGCGCAAUAGCGUUUGUCUUGGCGGUAUUAAAUUUAUUAAUCGACUUCAGGCCCCUCCAACUCAUAAUGAUAUUCCUGCUAGUCUGGUACUACUGUACCCUCACGAUAAGGGAGAGCAUCCUGAAAGUCAACGGGUCAAGGAUCAAGGGGUGGUGGCGGCUUCACCAUUUCAUAUCGACGGCGGUGGCCGGCAUCAUACUAGUGUGGCCGCAGAACGAACCCUGGAAUGAGUUUAGACACACCUUUAUGUGGUUUAUUGCUUAUAUCAGUGUGGUCCAGUACAUGCAGUUUAGAUACCAGAGUGGUGUGCUAUACCGGCUAAAGGCUUUAGGGGCGAGGCAUAACAUGGACAUCACUAUAGAAGGCUUCCACUCUUGGAUGUGGAGAGGACUGUCCUACCUGCUGCCUUUCCUCUUCGGUGGUUAUAUGUUCCAACUAUACAUAGCGUACACGCUGUACCAAAUAAGCUAUCACCCAGAGGCUACAUGGCAGGUUUGGUACCUAGUGCCUUUGUUUCUCACGUUGCACAUCUGUAAUAUGUACACGAUAUUGCGGACGUUGCGUAAGAAAACGAAGGGCGGCCUCAAGUUGCGAUACAAAUUGCGCGCGAUCGCCUACAGGCUGUCCAAUGAGAUCGCAGUUUUGGAUCAGAAAUGGCGACAGAAUAAAGGAGAAGCUAAAACGGAGUGAACGUUAUAUUAUUUUCGUAGGUGACCGGUUUAAUAUAAACGUAUCUUUGUACUUGACUGUGAAACAUUUCUAUUUUCGUAUUACAAAUUAUUCCUGUUAGGCAAUGUGAUGUUAUUUAUAUCUAU